GGCUUGUGUGGGAAUCUGCAUUCUCUGGCAGGGGGUUGGGGGUCCCUGAGGCCGCCCCGGCUGCUUCCUGCCUCAGUUCCCAGCUCCCAUAGGCUGUGUGGUUCAAGACUCUUCCUUCAGGAGCUUCCUAGAAAGCAGGUUCCUGGCACCCACCUAGAGCCUGUUCUCCAGGAGCGGAGCCCGGGAGUCUGCGUUUCAGCCAUCUCCCCGGGUGCUUUCUACGGUGGCCAUGUUUGAGAACAGGCCAGGCCUUGUCCUUGUGGGAUUUGGCCUCUUCUCCUGAAUGCACUCUGAGACUUUGACCCAUCACGCUGACACCGACGAAGGCCCUGGAUACUAGUCUGUAAAGGCUGCACCAGGAAGUGACCUUAGACCGGGGGGUUGGCAGACUUUCCGUGAAGGGCAGAGAGUAGACCUUUGAGGCUCUGCAGGCCACGGGGCCUGCGUUGCAGCUGCGCAUCUCUGCCGCGAGUGCGGAGACAGCCUCCGCCCCGCUGGACGUGCAUGGGUGAGACUGCCAUGCAGUCAGUUUCUUUACAGAACAGGGGCUGGCUGUGGACAGCAGCUUGGUAGUCGCCCAAAAGGUUAAACACUGAAGCAGUACGUGACCAGGCAACUCUCCGCCUCGGCGCGUAUCCAAAGGAGUUGAAAGCAGGGACUUGAACACCGGUGUGUAUAAAUGUACAGCAUUAGUCACAGUAACCGGAAGGUGAAAACGACCCAAGGGUCUUGUCCAUCAGCAGAGGAGCAGAUAAACACAAUGCGUAUGUUCAUACAAUGGAAUAAUGUUCAGCCAUAAGAGGAGUGACGUUUUGGUUUGUGCUACAGCGUGGAUGGACCUGGACAACAUAUGACGCGUGAAAUAAGCCAGUUACUAAAGGACGGGUGUUACACGAUCCCACGUAUGUGAGAUCCCUAGAGCAGGCAGAUUCAUAGACGGAAAGUGGAAGAGAGGGUGGGAGCGGGGCCUGGAAGGAGGGGUUCCUGUUGAGUGCGUCCAGAGUUUUUGUUGGGAUGAAGACGAAGUUUUGGGUGGAGUGCGUGGUCUUGGUUGCACAACGUCGUGAACGGAUGUGAUGCCCGUGAAUUGCACACUUGUGGAUGGUUACAGCGACAGACAGUAUGUUACGUACAUUUUACUGCAGUUUAAAUAAUGGUUUUAAAAAGAAGGUGGCUCUUGGGCAGCGGUCUGCAGACCCUGCUUUAGACCAGGCUCCGUUAAUUGCAGUGUGGGGUUAGGGUUUAGGAAUGAUGGGGCCAGCCAGAGUGAUGGGCUUCACAAAGAAGGGGACUGGGCUCUUUGGAUGGAUAAUUCGUUAAAGCUUUUGGUCAAACCUAAACGUCCCUUCCGUCAUCCCAAGAGAAGGGAUUGUGAGUGUCGGCCUCGUCAUCUGAAGCUCGGAGCCUGCAUUGGCUCAGUGCUACCUGAGGGUUUUCAGGGAGCGCAUGGAACUUCUGGAGGAAGCCAAGAAGAUGGAGAUGGCCAAGUUCCGUUACAUCCUGCCCGUGUACGGCAUCUGCCAGGAGCCCGUGGGCCUGGUCAUGGAGUACAUGGAGACAGGCUCCCUGGAGAAGCUGCUGGCCUCCGAGCCGCUGCCCUGGGACCUGCGCUUCCGCAUUAUCCACGAGACGGCCGUGGGCAUGAACUUCCUGCACUGCAUGGCCCCGCCUCUCCUCCACCUGGACCUCAAGCCCGCCAACAUCCUGCUGGACGCCCACUACCACGUCAAGAUCUCCGACUUCGGGCUAGCCAAGUGCAACGGGCUGUCCCACUCGCAGGACCUCAGCAUGGACGGCCUUUUCGGCACCAUCGCCUACCUUCCUCCUGAGCGUAUCCGGGAGAAGAGCCGGCUCUUCGACACCAAGCACGACGUGUACAGCUUUGCCAUCGUGAUCUGGGGCGUGCUCACGCAGAAGAAGCCGUUUGCAGAUGAGAAGAACAUCCUGCACAUCAUGGUGAAAGUGGUGAAGGGCCACCGCCCCGAGCUGCCGCCUGUCUGCAGACCCAGGCCUCGCACCUGCGAGAGUCUCCUGCGCCUCAUGCAGAGGUGCUGGCACGGGGACCCCCGGGAGCGGCCCAGCUUCCAAGAAAUCACUUCUGAAACCGAGGACCUGUGUGAAAAACCUGAUGAUGAGGUGAAAGAGACGACUCCAGACGUAGAUGUGAGAAACCCACCUGAGGCCGAGGCCGAGGCGCCCGUGGCCACCCCGCUCAAGCGAGCCUCUGCCCCGACCUUUGACAACGACUACAGCCUCUCCGAGCUGCUGUCCCAGCUAGACUCGGGCAUCUCCCAGACCCUCGAGGGCCCGGAAGAGCUCGGCCGCAGCUCCUCCGCAUGCAAACUUCCGUCGGCGAGCAGCGGCAAGAGGCUGUCAGGGGUGUCCUCGGUGGAUUCUGCCUUCUCCUCCAGAGGGUCGCUGUCCUUGUCCUUCGAGCGGGAGUCUUCAGCGGGCGAUCUCGGUGCCACCGACAUCCAGAAGAAGAAGCUCGUGGAUGCCAUCGUGAACGGGGACACCAGCAGGUUGAUGAAGAUCCUGCAGCCCCAGGACGUCGACCUGGUCCUGGACGGUGGCGCCAGCCUGCUGCACCUGGCCGUGCAGGCUGGGCAGGAAGACUGCGUCAAGUGGCUGCUACUUAACAACGCCAACCCCAAUCUCACCAACAGGAAGGGCUCCACCCCGCUCCACGUGGCCGUGGAGAAGCGGGUGCGGGGCGUCGUGGAGCUCCUGCUGGCCCGGAAGGUCAGCGUCAAUGCCGCGGACGAGGACCAGUGGACGGCCCUGCACUUCGCGGCCCAGAACGGGGACGAGGGCAGCACGCGGCUGCUGCUGGAGAAGAACGCCUCCGUGCACGCGGCAGACUGCGAGGGCCGGACGCCCAUGCACGUGGCCUGCCAGCACGGCCGGGAGAGCGUCGUGCGCGCCCUGCUGCGCCGUGGCGUGGGCGCGGGCCUGCCGGGCAGGGACGCCUGGGUGCCGUUGCACUACGCCGCCUGGCAGGGCCACCUGCCCGUCGUCAAGCUGCUGGCCAAGCAGCCGGGGGUGAGUGUGGACGCCCGGACGCUGGACGGGAGGACGCCCCUGCACCUGGCCGCCCAGCGCGGGCACUACCGCGUGGCCCGCGUCCUCAUCGACCUGCACUCCGACGUCAACGUCUGCGGCCUGCUGGCGCAGACGCCCCUGCACGUGGCCGCGGAGACGGGGCACACGAGCACCGCCAGGUUGCUUCUGCACCGGGGCGCCCGCAGGGAGGCCGUGACGGCUGAGGGCUGCACCGCGCUGCACCUGGCCGCCCGUGGUGGGCACCUGGCGACCGUCAGGCUGCUGGUGGAGGAGCGGGCCGACGUGCUGGCCCGGGGGCCCCGCCGCCAGACGGCGCUGCACCUGGCCGCCGCCGGCGGGCACUCGGAGGUGGUGGCGGAGCUAGUCAGCGCCGACGUGCGUGACCUGUCUGACGAGCAGGGGCUCAGCGCGCUGCACCUGGCCGCCCGGGGCCGGCACGCCAAGACGGUGGAGACGCUGCUCAGACACGGGGCCCACGUCAACCUGCAGAGCCUCAAGUUCCAGGGCGGCCCCGGCCCCUCCGCCGCGCUCCUCCGGCGAAGCAAGACCUAGCCUGCCGCCCCCGGAGACGGGGCCCCCGCGGGGUUCCUGUCCCCGCGCCGUGCUCCGCUCGCCCCGUCCGCGGCCUGCGGGAUGCCUUCGAGAGGCAGGUGGCCGCUGACUCGGGAUUCGCGCCGGCGUCUGCUUGGGCGUCGCCUGCGCACCCUCCCGACGAGGUUGAUCAGAGCGUGCGUGACCACUGCCCACGGGUGCGCCCGGUGUCGGAGGGACAGUGGGUCGGAGGCAUUUGGCUGCACCCCUCGCUCCUGCCGUCGGUCCCUCGGUGACAGGGCCGUGAGCCCCCCCACCCCGUCGUGAGCGGAGCCACCUGCGGCUGGGAAGGCUGGUGUGCAGGAAGAGCUGCGUCUUUUCUCUCCAUUUGCAGCGGCAGGCAAAGAAGCCUGUUCCAGAAGGCUUUCGUGGAAUUCUUGUUCUCCGGAAGAAUAUCUUUAACAGAUGAACGGUGUCAGCUGUCGCUUUAGAUCCGUUAAAAACUUUCAUCUCAUUGGAUAGUCCGCCUUCUGCGCAACGAGUGUGAACUGGUGGUUGGUUUUUAAAGCAAAAACAGUCAUCUCACCAGCCCUUUCAUACCCAGAUUUGUCCGUCACUCAGUCCUCGUGGGUGGCCACACACGUGUGCCAUGAGUGCUACCUGCCCUAAUUCAUUUCUCGUUGCAGAAAAUGUUUGAACUUUAGAGUCAAGUGUCUGAAAGUCAAGAAAAACUGACUGACGGCCUCGGUCUCGGACUCAGAACAGCGUUAGCUAGUUGGAUGGACCACCUUCCUCACCGUUUUCAGCCGUCAGUCUUGGCAGGGUAGCGGUUUGGGCCGAGUGGUGCUGUUUUAGGGUCUCCAAGGGGGUUUCUGACCUGCUUUACAAACGGCUACUCUUUGCAGGGGCCUCAGCUUUUGGGGUAUGACCCCCCCAAGUCAGCUCCAGGAGACAGCCUCACGGUCUUGGAUGUAAAAACCCCGUUCUUUUGUUGUCACCUGUGUCCCACAUGCACCCGCCCCCCCAAUACUACGAUUAGAGUCAGCUUGCUGCAGGACCCGACCCUGUAUGCAAACAUGCCCUUUGGACUGGUGUGUGAAACAGAGAUUGAUGUUAACGUACCAUGUAUGUUAAUAUGGAUCUGUGGGCAGGAUACUUCUUUUCUGUGACAGGAAAUAUCCGGACUGCUUAGAACUGGCUAUGUUUUAAUAUGCCUUGUGCUUUUAAUGUGUUGUGCUACUGUUGUAUGUGGAACACGUGGAAGAAAAAACUUCUGUUUGAUGUCAAUAAAGCUAAGUUCUCUUCCGA